GGGAGCAACUAAUUCAAAUUCUGUCCCUGCCAGUACGGCAUUUAACGCAAUACCUCCGACCGCUUCAACACCAAAAGGGCAAGAAUCAAAAAAUAAAAAUACUGAGUCACUUAAAAAAACAGGAGAAAACGAUGGUGUUUCUAUCUCAAGCUCCUCAUCUGUAAACGGUCUAUCAGGGAAGUUCAUUUAGCAUAAAAAAAUGGGUUCUUCUAUUGGAACCCAAGCUAACUUGCGAAAAAUAGUAAUUGCCUCGUCUGAAUGUGAAAAUGGAUUUGAGAAACAAACAAGAGAAAAGGGAAACUUUUUUCCCAUUUGUUCAUCUCGUUUUAUAAGAAAUAAUACGAUAGUAGAUGGACGAAUAGCGAUCGGACAACUACAUCGGCAAAGCACAGCGCCCACUCUUCCACUACAUUCCCCUCAUUCUCCUCUUUAUCCAUACUCAUACCAAAAUAAGCAGCACAUUAAGCUUUCUGGAAGAUAUAUCGAAAAUAGGGUGCCCGAAUUAAAUUCGAAAUCUCAACACCUGUUUAGUAUUGACAAAACAGGUUCCAACAAAUCCAACUUUAAUUUCAUACAAAAUGAAGUUGAACGCACUUCAUCAAAUAUAUACACAUGUGACGAUGUUAAUCAAAUUAGUGAUUAUAAAUCGAAUAUAAAAUGUGAUGAUAUCAUUUCGAAACGACUGCCACCUACUCUUAAUGCGGCAACAAGUGCUACAGAUGGUGUGGAAACGGCAUUGAAUAACGUACGUAGUACCAAUCGCACUGUCGAUAAGCUCGCCGUUACAUCACAAUCGUCAGUUGGAAACUUUCUUUCUCCAUAUCCUCGUAUUCGCUACCAGGAAGCUAUCACUUUAGCUGACCUUAAUAAAGUCGGUACCGUGGACUCUGGCAAACUUCUAUACCUAACCAACUUUUCCACGGCUCAAGACAAUCAAACGUAUUACUCUAAUGAACGAAAAGCUUGUAAAUCUGAGCAAACUUCACCAAACUAUUUUGAUGCAAUGACUUCCAAAUUUUAUUUCAAAAAAAAUAAUAAAAGUACUGGUUGCCUAAUGAAUGAUUUAUCAGACCCAUGGUUAAAAAAAAAUGAGCCAACAAAAAUAGCUAAAUAUUCCAAAACCACUGAUAGUUAUGAUCCCUGGGUUAAGCGCCACCUUGAUUAUUUUUCAGAUGCAUCAAUUUCUCCAAAGGCAAACCAAUGUUGUCAUAAACAGCCGAGGUCAUCCACAAGACAUGAGACUUCAACUGCGAAUAAUAAAAAAACAAAUAAUAUAAGACCUCAAAUGCACCAAUACGUUACUCCAUUUGGAAAUGAGGAUCUUUCUGCCGUAGAUUACUCAUUGCUUUCCGCCCCAUCUUCGCCUAAUUUUAAUUCUGCUCUCGAUGAUAUGUUUUCUACGGCUGAAUCCAAAGGGUCAGAUCAAAAAACUCAUCUUUAUAAUUCAACAAAGUCGGCAAGCUUUUCGCCUGCAAGAGGAAAAGACUUCAUUAAUCCAUUUGAAGAUUACCGCAAAAUAUAUUCUCCAAUACAUCAGCUUAAACGGAAUGAUAGAGUCAAUUCAGUAGCUCAAGUUGAAUUACUCAACCGCAACUUUCUUAAUGUUUGCAGUACCAACAUAUCAACAAGGCACAGCUUAUCUUCAGUAUCAAACCAAUCCAAAAAAGAGCUGCAUUUAAACAUACAUCAGUUGGCCGAGGAAAUGCGUCAAAGUUCCCUAGGUGACAAUAUAAAAUUUUCAUUAAGCGACUGCAACGUAAGCAAUAUUGGAAAUAUAACGGGCGGUCAGAGGCAGCAAAAGAAUAUACAUUUAGUGCAAGAAACUGCACUUUUACAGAAAACUAAAAGAAAAAAUACCCCCGAUGUACCUACCAUAGAUAUGAAAAAAAACAUUGAUCGUUCAACACAUACCCUUAAAAUAUCUGCUCCUGAGAGGAAUCCCAAGAUCUAUGAAACACAGACUAAGGCUGAUACACUGCUAGAAACUUCAUGUUGAAAAUGUACAAUACUUAAACGCAUUACAAAUAAAUCCACAUUUAAGAGUCAAGAUAAUGAAAGUACAUUGCAUUAUUAAGCGUGACAUUUUUUAUAGUAAUAUUGCAUUUACAUUACAAAAGUCUACAUAAUAAUUAUAUAUAUAA